AUGGCCACUAACCCGGAAACGAACCCCGCUGCUGGCGAGCCGAUUACCACCAAGAACCAGGUCCUGCAGGCCGGCGCGUCGGCCGUUCAGGACUUUGCGCCGUUGAAAAGUGUCUGCGCGCAUCUCAACGCUUUCCAUGCCUACGCAUCGGACCCUUCCCGAGCUGUCGAGGCGAACCACUACUGCGGUCACCUGAACGACGAGGUCCGACAGUGCAUCCUCUACGAUAGCCCCGAGCCCCAUGCGCGUAUCAUUGGCAUCGAGUAUAUGAUCUCGCCCAGACUAUACGAGACUCUGGACCCCGAAGAGCGGAAGUUAUGGCAUAGUCAUGUGUACGAGGUCAAAUCCGGCAUGCUCAUCAUGCCCCAGAUGUCUUUGCCCGAUUCGAUAUGGGAGGCGGCGGAGAACAAGGAGAUGGAGGAGGUCGUCCAGCUUUACGGAAAGGCCUAUCACCUUUGGCAAGUCGACCAGGGCCAUCAACUGCCCCUCGGCGAACCGCAGCUGAUGACGAGCUUCACCGCACCUGGUCAGCUUGAUUUCGAGAAGCACGUCAGUGACAGAGACCGGAGGUUCAAGUCAGACUAUAAACAAAAGGCAGAGCACCGGAAGUAUAUUGCCUCGCCGUCGGUUCAUCCCGACGCUGACCAAGCUUGGAGCGUCAAGGAGCACCAGGAGUAG